AUGCCUAUCCCAUGUAUCUGCGAGAAAGCGCGCGGAGGGGCUCACGGCGCUCAUGCAGCGGUUGCAGGACGAAGAGCAGCUACAGCGGCCUUCGCGAUCGCUUUGCGCGCCGCAUUUGCAGACAAAACCCUGAAGGUGGAAACAUUUCAUGCUGAAGGCCUCACGGUGCUCCUCGUAGCCGCCCAGAUACUGGAAAGCCUCAUAGAUGAGCUCACAGUCCCAGAUGCGUACUUCCACUCACCGCUGUUUAUGGAGGUGCUGGACAACGUAUGCCUUUGCGUGACAAGCGGCUUCUCUGAGAGGGCUCAGCAGCUCUUGCUGCGGCUUUGCGUGCGACGGGGUCUUGGGGAACCUAUAUGCGCGAGGGGCUUCGCUUUCCUUGGCGCUUCUGCUGCUGCUGAGCAGCAGGAACUCGCUGCCCUUUCUGCGGAAGCUGUUACCACCAACACGGCAGCGUUCAAACCCGAUAAUUCUAGACGGCAUGGCGUGGCCUUGAGAAACAGAAGUCGGCUGGUCUGGCUAGGCUUGCUGCAGCAUAUCGUGUCCACCCACGGUAUUAACCACGCGACCAGUAGCAGGAGCAGUCCCACCAGCGGUGGGAGCCACCUGGCAGAGAGUCACUUGCAAACCCUCAAGGUCCUCACCUCGUUAGGAAGCCCGGAGGUUCGAACGGCAACGGCAGCCCUAGCAAGCUGCUUGCCACAACCGGCGCAAACGGCAAGUUCUUACUCUAAUGCUUCCAAGGCGUUGCCCAUGUGCCUGUUCUGCCUUCUCCGAUCGUCUUCUCUCGUGGGCAGCGGCAUGGACGAGCACUUUUCCGAGGCAUGCCCGUGCCUUGCUCUCUGCAGCCAUUGUAGCACUGUACUCGAGAGAAGAAGCUUAGGGCAAGAUGAAGUGGUCGCAUGUCGAGGCUUAGGGCUCCCGUGGGCAGCACUCUACGCAAGAGAUGGUCCUGUGAACUUCGUCGCAGGGCAUACAUUAUGCUGCUCCGUUGCCUUUUUGAAUUUUUUUGCUGCGGGGAUGUGUUCAGCUCCCCCAGACACAGAGCACGGUUACUGUAUGUACUGCGAUGCUUGCUUGGGGCCCCAGCUUGAAGUGUGGAGGCACCACCUGCUGCACUGUUGCGAUAAGAACCCCCGUAAUCGCAAACACCAGCAGCAAGGGGAAGCAAGCGCUGCGGUUGAUGCUGGGAAUCCCGAGCAGACGAAUGAGGAGUGUGCGCAACUCCAACAUCAAAAGCAGGGGUAA